AUGUUUGGAAAUAUAUUUACACAUAGCAGUGUGUUGCUUUUCCUUCUCGUGCAAAGUUUAGCAGGUUUUCAUCAAACUUGCAACACAUGCGGUCAAAUAGAUUUCAACGUCGAAGAGGGAGUGCAGGACAGAUUCUUGCAUGAUGGCCGAAAGCUGACGACUAAGAUUGUUAAAAGCGACUCGGAAUGUUUCGUAGAAUGCUCGCUAGACUGCCGUUGCAUGUCGUUUAGUGUUUGUGAGAAUUCGUAUCAGUUGAAUGCUGGAAGUCGUACGUUGGUGAAAAAUUCACUGCGACAUAAGCCUGGGUGUAGUUACUACGAUUUCUCCCCGUUUGAGGUAAGUCUAUCAUCGUAUCAAGAAAAAUCUGGCAUAGACGUUGCAUUAUAGGCGUUUCCAAACGUAUCCCUCUUUUUUCCCUUUUUUGACGCUAACAGAUGUGGGGAAAGUAUAGUCGCGGGCACGCGAACACUGCUUUCAGGAAUAUUUGGAAAAGAACGAGAACUUUUUUUGAUUGAGGAUUUGCAACUUGAAAAUUUAAAGAAAAACAUAGCAUAUUUGACUCAUUUGCAAUGGGUCUAUAUAGCAAUUAGUACUGAGAGGCAUGUUUAUUCUUUAAAUUCAAAACCUUGCUCAGUAGACAUAUGAGGACGAUACAUGGCUAUAUAGGUUGCAUGUAUACAAAAAUACUCGUCACAAAAAUGCUCGUCCGCAGGAGAUUUCCAUCGUCCCGUUGUGGUUACAGAAGGAAAGUUAUUUUUUCUACCCUUGAACGCUAACCUAUACUUUCUAACACCAUGAUUUCAGCAGAUGUGAAUAUACUAUACUUCUUUGAAAAACUAUAAUAUACUAAUGCCUCUAAUGUAUUCUCAGAGUACAUGUGGCCCCCCUUCCAGUCCACCAAGACUUUGCUGCUUGCCCUCAUCUCCACUGUGUUAUAACGGGGCUACCUGUAUUGUCAACGUCACUGACGCCACCAGAAGAUUUCAAUGCCAGUGCCCGACUGGUUACUAUGGAAGCCAAUGUCAAAUCAGGGAUCCGAGAACAUGUUUGGAUUAUUGGACUGACGAAGUCAAACCGAUAUCCAGAAAUUAUACCAUUGUAGACUCGAACGGAACAUUGUAUGAUGUCUUUUGCGAUUUCGACUCCGAGGAAGGCUUGGUGUGGACCCUCUUUGAAUCGUUUGACCUUGACGGUAUGGUGCACGUGACUGGAAAACCGUUUACAAAGGACUGGCCAAAAAAUGAACAUAAUCUAAGCUGGAAACUUUUUCGUCUCCCCAAGUCCGUAAUGUCGGAAAUCUCGUCUCGAUCGACAUUUUGGAGGGCAACAUGUUCCUACUCUCUGUAUGGCGUUGAUUUUCGAGACUACAUGAGAGUAAGAUUAUCGAUAGUGAAUCCAUUAACACACGAUCUUGUUUUUUUAAAUGAAAAAUGUUCAACUGUGGAUUACAUCAAUAUAAAAGGUACGAGUUGUGUAAAUUGCACACAAAUGAUUUUCCAAAGGAGUAAUACGAUGCUCUAUCUCCGACCCAGGAAGAGUCGCCUAACUGGUAAAUGUAAUUUCAACACAUCAAAGGUCGAGCAUAGAUGUGACAAUGGGGACUAUUCGCGACUUUUUUGCCGAGAUGACGUGUGUUCAGACCCGAAGUACCGAUGUAGCGAGAAAACUACAUCUACAGCCGAAUUUUGGUUUGGUGCUGCAAAAGCAAACGAUGGAAACGAGCUGAUGCAUAAAAACUCUGCUAGUUCCGCUGGCAGUGAUCAAUGA